AUGUCUGAGGAAACCGCCAAAAUAAACCCACAGGACGCCGCCCCAGCUGUCCCUGCUGAGGGGGCUCCAAAGGUGAAAACCGAGAAAGAAUUGAAGAAAGAAAAGGAGAAGGCCGAAAAAUUGGCCAAGUUCCAGGCCAAGAAGGCCAAGCAGGAACAGCUUGCCAAGAACGCUGCCAAGAACAAGGAGAAGAAGAAGAAGCAAGAAAAGGAAGUUGCCCCAGAGUUCGUUGAUAAGACUGUUCCUGGUGAGAAGAAGGUCUUGGUAAGUUUGGAGGAUCCUUCUUUCUCCUCAUACAACCCUAAGUCGGUGGAAUCAUCCUGGUACGAUUGGUGGGUCAAGGAAGGUUUCUUUGAGCCUGAGUUCACAGAGGACGGUGAAAUCAAGCCAGAGGGUGUUUUCUCCAUUCCUGCACCACCUCCUAAUGUUACCGGUGCUCUUCACAUUGGACAUGCGUUGACUGUUUCGAUUCAAGAUGCAUUGAUCAGAUACUACAGAAUGAAAGGCAAGACUACGUUGUUCCUUCCAGGUUUCGACCACGCAGGUAUCGCAACACAGUCGGUUGUUGAGAAGACUGUGAUGGCUAAGGAAGGUAAAACCAGACACGACUACGGUAGAGAAAAGUUUUUGGAGAAAAUCUGGGAAUGGAAAGAAGUUUACCACCAAAAAAUUAGAGGCCAAUUUGAAAGCAUGGGUGCCUCCUACGCUUGGUCUAAAGAAGUGUUUACUUUGGAUCCACAGAGAACUGCUGCUGUCAACGAUGCCUUUGUCAAAUUAUUUGAUGACGGAACUAUCUACAGAGAUUUGAGAUUGGUCAAUUGGUGUGUCAAGCUUAACACUGCUUUGUCUAACUUGGAAGUUGAAAACAAAACUGUCCCUGGUCACACUUUUCUGUCUAUCCCAGGAUAUGAUGAGAAGGUUGAAUUUGGUGUCUUAACCCACUUUGCUUAUCCUGUUGUCGGGUCUGAUGAAAGAUUGGUUGUUGCCACUACUCGUCCUGAAACUAUUUUCGGAGACACAGGUGUGGCUGUGCAUCCAAAGGAUCCAAGAUACACACACUUGCAUGGCAAGUUCGUCAAGCACCCAUUCAGUGACAGAAAGAUCCCAAUUGUUACCGAUGCUGAUGCCGUUGAUAUGGAGUUUGGUACUGGUGCUGUUAAGAUCACUCCCGGUCAUGAUAACAACGAUUACCUUACCGGUAAGAGAAACGGUUUGGAAUUUAUCAACAUCUUCACUGACAAUGGUUUGCUAAACGAAGAAUGUGGUGAAUAUAAGGGACUGAAGAGAUUUGAUGCAAGAAAAGUCGUUAUCGAAAAGUUAAAGGAAAUGAACCUCUUGGUUGAUCAGGAGGGUCAUGAAAUGACCUUACCUAUUUGUUCAAGAUCUGGUGAUAUCAUCGAACCUUACCUCAAGCCACAAUGGUGGGUUUCCCAGAAGAGCAUGGCUGACGCUGCUAUUGACGCAGUUAAGACCGGUGCUUUGACUAUCACCCCUGAAACCUCUGAAAAGGAAUUUUAUAGAUGGAUGGAAAACAUUCAAGAUUGGUGUAUUUCUAGACAAUUAUGGUGGGGUCACAGAUGCCCUGUCUAUUUGGUCCAAAUAGAAGGUAAGGAAGUUGAUCCAAACAACUCCAAGAACUGGGUUGCGGGUAGAAGCCUUGAGGAGGCACAAGCUAAAGCUGAUAAGCUGUAUCCAGGUGAAAAGUAUACUCUGCAACAAGAUGAAGAUGUUUUAGACACCUGGUUUUCGUCUGGUUUAUGGCCUUUCUCAACUCUUGGCUGGCCUGAAAAGACCGUUGAUUUUGCUAAGUUCUAUCCGAUGUCCAUGCUUGAAACCGGCUGGGAUAUCUUAUUCUUCUGGGUUGCUAGAAUGGUCAUGUUAGGUCUAAAGUUAACAGGAGAAUCCCCAUUCAAAGAGGUUUUCUGUCAUUCUUUGGUUCGUGAUGCUCAGGGUAGAAAGAUGUCCAAAUCUUUAGGUAAUGUUGUCAACCCAUCGGAUGUUAUUGCUGGUAUUUCUUUAGAAGAUUUGAACGCACAAUUGUUGAUGGGUAACUUGGAUCCAAGGGAAAUCGAAAAGGCUAAAUCCGGUCAAAAGGAAUCCUACCCAGAUGGUAUUCCACAAUGUGGUACAGAUGCAUUGAGAUUUGCAUUAUGUGCUUACACUACUGGUGGUAGAGAUAUCAACUUAGAUAUCUUGAGAGUUGCAGGAUACCGUAAAUUCUGUAACAAGAUCUUCCAGGCUACUAAGUUUGUUCUGAUGAGAUUAGGUGAUGAUUAUGUUCCACCAGCAAAGGCAGGUUUGUCUGGUGAGGAGUCUUUGGUUGAACAGUGGAUUUUACACAAGUUGACUAAGACUGCCGAAAAAAUGAAUCAAUCAUUUGAAAAAAGAGAGUUCUACGAAUCCACGCAGGCUAUUUACAACUUUUGGUUGUAUGAUUUGUGUGAUGUCUAUAUCGAAAACUCCAAAUUCCUUAUUUUGGAGGGGACCGAAGCACAAAAGAAAUCUGCAAGAGAUACUUUGUACACGUGUAUUGAUGGCGCUUUGAGAUUGAUACAUCCAUUCAUGCCUUUCAUCACCGAGGAAAUGUGGCAAAGAUUACCAAAGAGAGCUACUGAAACCAGCAAAACUAUUGUCAAAGCUCUAUACCCGGUUUAUGUCAAGGAAUAUGAUAAUAAGGAAGCUGAAGAUGCUUAUGAGUUGGUUUUGGAAAUCACUAAAGGUGCAAGAUCUUUAUUGUCCCAGUAUGGUAUCACUAAAGACGGAAGCGUUUUUGUCGAAUCCGCCAACAAGAAAUUCUUCAACAUUGCUGAUUCCCAAAAAGAUUCAAUUGUUUCCUUGAUUAAGGCUGUCCAAAAAGUAAAUGUUGUUUCUGACAUAAAGGAAAUUCCAUCUGGUUGUGUUUUGACAUCUGUAUCUCCAGAAGUCAAUGUCCACUUAUUGGUGAAGGGUAUGAUUGACAUCGACAAGGAGGUUGCCAAGUUUUCCAAGAAGCUGGAAAAGUCUAAGGGAGCUUUGGUUGGUUUAGAAAAGAUCAUGAGCUCAUCAGAUUAUGAGUCCAAGGCUUCUGAUGUUGCCAAGGAGAAGAACAUGCAAUCCAAGGAAAAGACCAUUGCUGAAAUCGAAGGUUUCGAAAAAACUAUUGCAAACUUGGAAAAGCUCAAGUUAUGA